AUGGUUAAGCUCGAUGACAGACAGCUACGAGGCGUGACCCGACGAUCCUAUUUAGCCAUUGUCCCGGUACAACGCGAUCUAGCGACGGGUAAACAGAUUCAUCUCCAAGAGAUCAUUGACCAGUUGGAAGAUAUUAUUAUGGACACAUACUCCGAAUCGAAGCCGCAAUAUCAAUGUGACUGGACGAACAACGUGUUACUUUGCGCAAAAUCAUUGAAUAUAACCUUGGUGGUCCUCGAAAAAACCCAGUUGGAAAACGAUACAAACACCGACAAAAAGAAGAUUGAAAAUAUGCUGGCUGAUUGGAAUGAAAGAGAAUACUGGGUUUUGGAGGCCACAAAAGCUAGGGCGAAAGAAACGGGUGAAAAGCCAAAAUCUGUAGAAGAAAAAAUCCAUGGUUUUGCUGUCAAGUGCCACUUCUACCACCUCUACCAAUCGCUAAUUAUCGAUCUAGCGGAUAAACAUUGGGGAGACGUUUUCAGCAAAGAAGAACUUGACGAGAUGCGAUCAUUUGGUGAUCCUAUUCUUCCGGAAAUUCCACAAGAAUUGGCACCAAAAAUAAGCGAACCCCGGAAGAUGACAAGUGCAGUCGACGCAUACAAUCUUGCAAGAAAACUCGACUACAAUAUAGUUACUGAACCGUUGCUAGCAUGGUUGGCGCUGAGUGUGAUGGACACAGCAAAGUAUUUCAUUGAUUCAACAUCAGAACCGACAAGCUCGCUUUUAAAAAGUGAUAAGCUAUACUACUUGUGGGCUUUGUCAACACGGUUUUCGACCGCACUGAACGAGGCCAACGCAGCGGCUAGAAACACCAAGCGAAAACUAUCGGCAAUUGAGCCCAUAGCGAACAAAAAGAUGGGCAGUCGUACAGACACCAUAUACAAGAUCAGCAAUAUCGAGCUCGGCUGCUUGGAAAUCGGAGGACAGGUUGAUGAAACGAAAGAUUUCAAGGAUAGCAUGAUCAAGAUGCCUUCAGUUCUUAAAACAUGA